AUCCAGCGGGUCCUGCGUCGGGCCUGGCUCCGGGGCGGGCUGAGGGGCUGCGGGCGGCUGGGGGGUGGGGUGGGGACCAGGCCCCGCCACACGGGGAGCGCUGUGCCCCGCGGGGGGCACUCCGGGCCCGGCGGGAGGUACUGUGGGCCUGGCAGGCGGCACUCCGGGCCCGGCAGCCCCCGUGUCACCGGGACCCCCCGCAGGCCGCGGCUCCGCCAUGGCGCUGAGGACACAGGAGCGGCGCCCGCUGAGGGAACGCCCCGCCCACUCAAUGUGACCACACUCGCGUGUGGUCCCCCCCUCUCCCGCGCCGGAUGUGACGCAACGAAGCGGCGCCGUCGCCAUGAGGGUGUGGGCAGGAGUGCUGCGGGCGGCGGCCGCGCCCGGGUCGCUCACCGGCGGCCUCCGGGAGCGCUUCGAUUUCGGCGGCCGCGAUGUGGCCUCCUGGUUCCCGGGGCACAUGGCGAAAGGCCUGCGGCAGAUGCGGGCCUCCCUGCGGCGCGCCGACUGCUUCAUCGAGGUGCACGACGCUCGCAUCCCGCUGUCGGGCCGGAACCCCAUGCUGCAGGAAGCACUGGGCAUCCGCCCGCACGUCCUGGUGCUGAACAAGAUGGACCUGGCUGAUCCCCGCCGGCAGCCGACAGUCUUGGAGCGCCUGAAGCAGCAGGGAUGCUCGCACGUUGUCUUCACUGACUGCCAGCGCGAUGGCAACGUUAAGAAGAUUGUUCCCCUGGUUGCCAGGCUGGUGGGUGACAGCCUGCGCUACCACAGAGCCGAGAGCACCGAGUACAGCAUCCUGGUGAUUGGUGUGCCCAACGUGGGCAAGUCCUCCCUCAUCAACUCCAUGCGCAGGCUGCACCUCAAAAAGGGUAUUUCUCAGUGGUGCCUGGGCCCGGGGAGCAGCCGCCAGCACAGCCAUGGGGCUGCCUUCUCUGACCGUGUCUCUCCUUUCCCCAAAGGCAAAGCCACUGCGGUCGGUGGCGAGCCAGGUGUCACCAAGGCGGUGCUGACCAGGAUCCAGGUGUGCGAGAAGCCGCUGAUGUACCUGGUGGACACGCCGGGUGUGCUGCCCCCGCGGCUGGGGGACCUGGAGACGGGCAUGAAGCUGGCACUGUGUGGAGCCAUCCGUGACCACCUGGUAGGGGAGGACAUCAUGGCCGACUACCUCCUGUACACCCUCAACAAGCACCAGCAAUUCGGGUACGUGCGGCGCUACGGGCUCGCCGAGGCCUGCGACGACAUCCAGGCGGUGCUGAGGCGCGUGGCGCUCGCCCAGGGCAGAACACAGAGGGUGAAGGUGCUGACAGGCACGGGAGAUGUCAACAUGACGAUGCUCAACUACCCGGCUGCUGCCUACGAGUUCCUGCGGGAUUUCCGGGCAGGACGCCUGGGCAGGGUGACGCUGGACUGAGACCUGGUGUGGGGGAGAGGCGUCAGGCUGGGGACACCCCGCUUCCUCUGCAGGUGUGGACACCUCGCCGUGGAGCUCUGGUGUGUGGUUUGAAGCGGCUCUGCCGGAGCAGCCCCUGGGCUUGGGCUGGGAUCCCCGCAGCAGCCGGUGAGGCUGUGCCGCGGUGGCUUCCCCGUGGUGUCACCGUGCAGGGUGAUGUGAUGCUGUCUGGCGGAGCACGGUGCCUGACCGGGGGGGGUGGGGUACUCCAGCCAGGACAAAACCCCCGGGGAGCAGCUUCCUCACCUCCGUCCCCAAAUAAAACUGCUGUGGGUGGGUGCCAGGGUGGUGGCGGUGCUGGAGUCCCCAUCCUGUGCCCAUCACCGCACAUCCAGCCA